ACUUGACCACCGCUCUUCGUUCCCAGGGUUCCGUGAGAGCUUUUUGCCCCACCCCACCUCUUCAACCCUAUCUAUCUCAAUGUACAAUUCUCAGAGAAAAACGGGGGCAAAAAUAAUUCAGAGUAACACUGCAAAUAAACGUUUCUCAAUUCCCCGACCGGUUGAUCGGAGCAGACGCGGCCUCUCGGCGGUAAAGAUGAGCGUCUCGCCGCUGGAUCAAUGAUUGAAAACACCGCGAUGGGCUGUCUUGGCAAUAGUAAGACCGAAGACCAACGAAAUGAGGAGAAGGCACAGAGGGAAGCCAACAAAAAGAUAGAGAAGCAGCUCCAGAAAGACAAACAGAUUUACCGGGCGACUCACCGGCUACUACUAUUAGGGGCCGGUGAAUCCGGGAAAAGCACGAUAGUCAAACAGAUGCGAAUAUUGCAUGUUAAUGGCUUCAACGCAGAGGAGAAAAAACAGAAAAUUCAUGAUAUUAAAAACAACAUUAAAGAAGCUAUAGAGACGAUUGUGGCUGCCAUGAGUACACUCACACCGCCGUGCCAGUUAGCCUGUCCUGCAAACCAGUCCCGAAUCGAUUAUGUCCUCAACCAAGUAAACCAGAAGGAUUUUGAGUUUCCUUCGGAGUUUUAUGACCAUGCAAAGAUCCUCUGGCAAGACGAGGGUGUGCGGGCCUGCUGGGAAAGGUCCAACGAGUAUCAGCUCAUCGACUGUGCACAGUACUUCUUAGACAGGAUUGACGUGGUCAGGCAGAAUGACUACACACCCACCGAUCAGGACCUGUUGAGAUGCAGAGUACUGACAUCUGGGAUCUUCGAGACAAGGUUUCAAAUAGACAAAGUCAAUUUCCAUAUGUUCGAUGUUGGAGGUCAGAGGGAUGAACGCAGAAAAUGGAUCCAGUGUUUUAACGAUGUGACAGCUAUCAUCUUUGUGGUGGCGAGUAGCAGCUACAACAUGGUGAUCAGAGAAGACAAUCAGACCAACAGACUACAGGAAGCCCUCAACCUUUUCAAGAACAUCUGGAACAACAGGUGGCUACGGACCAUUUCGGUAAUCCUCUUCCUGAACAAACAGGACCUGCUCGCUGAGAAGGUUUUGGCAGGGAAAUCUAAAAUUGAAGAGUAUUUCCCGGAGUUUGCACGCUACACUACACCUGAUGAUGCAAUACCAGAGCCAGGUGAGGAUCCCCGUGUCACAAGGGCAAAGUACUUCAUUCGGGAUGAGUUUCUGAGGAUCAGCACAGCCAGCGGGGACGGACGGCAUUACUGUUACCCCCACUUCACCUGCGCGGUUGACACAGAAAACAUCCGCCGCGUCUUCAACGACUGUCGCGACAUCAUACAGAGGAUGCACCUACGGCAGUACGAGCUCUUGUGAUGGGCAGCGGUGUCCGGUCUACUUAUUUACCUACCUAACU